AUGGCAAGAUCUCGAAAACGCCAAAGCGAUCUAAUUGUGCACGCUCCUAACGCUUUUAGGAAGAAAGCUAGGAAAGCUAAAACAGUAGCUCAAGAAAUUGAAGAAGUCGACACACCUUCAACUAGUGAAAAAGCUAAGGGAAAAGGAACAACUGAAGAUGCUGAUAACGUUACAAAUGAAGAGGAUAUAAUCACUAAUCUUAAUUCAAGAACUAAAAGAACUCGACUUUCUAAAAACAAAGUAGUCAGUUAUACUCAAUUGGAAAAUUCGGCCGACGAAGAAGCUAUUUCAACAAAAGAUAAAACAAAAUCUGAUAAAAAAAAAUCUAAUUCGAAAUAUGAAUUUCCUCGUGGGGAUCUGGCUGAAUCAUUUGAUGAUGAAUGGGAACAAUAUCUUGUGGCUCUUAAAUCUCGUCUUUUACAACCGACUGGGAUAGAUUUUAACGCGCUUCCCAAAAAUAUUUAUCCGAAUAUAAGAGUUGCAAUGAAGGAUAUUGAAAUUUUGCCGUCAGAAGAAGGGAAAAAAUAUCUGUCAUAUAAAAAAGAUCCUCAGUCCAUAAUAAUAGGUUCUAAAGAUAAUAAUCCAAUAACAUUACCACAAUACGAGUCGACCUCUUUUCAUGAUAAACUCCCUCGUCGAAUUGGAUACAUUCUCAAUUUUGGUGGAUCUGUUUGGAGUGUUGAAUGGUGUCCUUCGAUUUCAUCUGCAAAACAUCAAUACUUGGCGAUAGGAGGAUAUAAAAGUACUGCAGAUGAAAAUCGUAUUAUCGGAGAAAUACAAACCAAAGAAUUGGAAAACUCUAUACAAAUUUGGAAACUGGAUUGUAGGAAUAACGACCAAUCAGAAAAACCAAUUUUGGAUAUGGUUAUUUGUCAUGAAUAUGGUUGUGUCUAUGACAUGAAAUGGUGUUUUUAUGGGGCUUAUGAGAAUUUCGAUGAAAACGAGUUUAGCAUGGAUUUGAAGCGAUUGGGUCUUCUCGCUGUUUCAUUUGGCGAUGGAAAAAUCAGGAUUUUUGAGGUGCCUCAUCCUGAAUGUAUAAGACAACAAUUAAAAAUGAAGGAAAAAGCUUCAAGCACCCUUUUUGUGAAGUUUACUCGGCCAUUAUGUACAUUGUCAAUGCCCGAAACACUUUGUUGGACUAUUAGUUGGGGAGGACACACUAAAAUUGCCGCUGGAUGCACCAAUGGUAUCGUGGCGGUUUGGCGUUUAGAUAAAAUCUUCGCAGAAUGGGAAAAUAAAGGAGGAAUUGUAAGCGAAGAAACUCUCGUCCCUUCGCUUCACGUUACUGCACAUAAUUCUUAUAUACGUCAUAUAACUUGGAACUCGAUCGACAAUCCUACGCAUAUUAUGACUUGUGGUCAUGAUGGAAAAUUGCAAAUGUUUGAAGAACGAGAUCCAUGGAUAAAACAUCUAUUCCAAAAAAUUCGAUCUUUUAUGAUAACUUUUACAUGGGCAGCCCACUAUAACGUCAUUUAUUUUGCUGAUUCUGAAAAUUCAAUAAGAUUUAUUCAAAUGGAAGAUCCUAAAAAGACUACUGGUGGUCUGAUACUGCAUCGUGGCUGUGUCUGGGGAAGCACUUCGUCUUACUUCCAUCCUUUUAUUGCAUCUUGCGCUGCUGACGGAAUGGUCAAAAUUGCAAAUAUUUGUCGUUUGAGGGAUCGGCAUCAAAGACCUGUUCAAGUUACUGUUUAUCGGCUCACUUUCGAUGGAAAAGAAUACAGAUACUGGGAUAAUAUCAAAGCUGAGGAAACCACGUUUAACAAUCUGACCUAUGAAAAUAUGCUUGCCCCAAAAUUUUCCCCUGAGGAAGCCAUCCAACGAGUUUCAUGGUGUCCUAAUAAGUGUGCAGGGGUAUGGUUAGCUUCAGGAGGCGCUGGAGGGUUGGUGAGGAUUGAUUGUACUGAAUGGGAAUAA